GCACGGCGGAGGAGCACGGGGAAACAGGAUGGCAAGCUCCGCGAAUUCGUUCUGGUUUCAGACUUCCACCCCUGCUUGCCUCAGUUUACUCCCCUCCCCUGUCUUUAAGGGGAGGAGGGAUUUAAGGAGACUUCAGGGAUUGGCUUUCAUAAUCCCUUUUCCACUUGACCUUCUACUAAUCCUCUUCAGAAACUAAAGUUCUCGCUUUUCCCAGACUAACGCAAGAACCCUGAGUCUACUAAAGCCCUUCAUUUGCCCGUCCGCGCGGUCGGACUCUCCACUCGGUGACAGAAACUCAAGAUCGAGAGCUGGGGCUCUGCGUCGGUCCCUUCGGCCCUCCCGCGCAACUUCUUUCUCUGUCUCACUCCGGCCGAGAAACGCAAGAUUAACUCGCGGCGCGGCUGCACAGUCGAUUUCUUAUUGGCCAGAGCCUGAACUGCGCCCGCCCGUCCCUCCGCGCCCCCCCCAUGGGCGGGGUCUCCCUGGUGACCCUGGGUGGCCUCAAAUCCCCCGCCUCACAGCCAGCCAGGCAGUUUUAAAGGGGCCGCGGCGGGAUUCAAACGCCGGGCUGACUGCUCUUAGCCUGGGGGCUGUCGGAGCCGGUGGCCUGGCCCUGGAGGCGGGGCCUCGGGCUGUCGCUCUAGCUGCACCUGCCAAAGUCCCUCCCUGUACUUUCGGGAGCAGUUUCUGGAAUCGCCUCUGGGGGAGGGGCGCCCACUUGACAACGAAUAAUAACAAUAAUAGCUAACAUAGCUUCCUGCGCUGCACUUGCCAGGCCUUUUACCUCCAGCACUGUCCUCGCCUGACCCUAUAAGGGAUGUUUUCAAGCCAGUGUUCUAGACCCAGGAAUGUGUUAUACAGGUACCACACAGUUACAGGUGCGCCGGCGGCGCGGCCCCGCCCCGUGGCCCCGCCCACCACCCCAGCUCAGGUGCACAAGCCGGAAGUGCGUUCCCCUCCCAGGUGCCGGGUCGCAGGUGCCCCCGGCCCAAGAUGCAGUAGAAGCGGCUCGCUGGGAGCUCGGUCUCUGGCGUCACCAACCCAACUUCCAGCCCAUGGCGCCCCCAGGCCUGGGGCUGCUCUGGGCACUUGGCCUGGCGUUGCUGCCUGCCCGCUGGGGCCGAGCCUGGGGGCAAAACUCUACAGCAACACCAGCCUCUUUGGCGCCUGAGCCUGGGCUCAACGACUUCAGCUCCAAUGAGGGCCUGUCUCAGGGGGGCCUCACCGCUAUCAUUGUGGUCUUCUCCAUCCUGGGGGCCCUGGUCCUGGCUGUGGGGCUGGCGUUCCUGGUACGGAAACUCCGGGAGAAACGGCAGACGGAGGGCACCUACCGGCCCAGCAGUGAGGAGCAGUUCUCCCAUGCAGCUGAGGCCCGGGCCCCCCAGGACUCCAAGGAGACGGUGCGGGGCUGCCUGCCCAUCUAGGUCCCCUUUUCCUUCAUCCAUCUCCCUUGCUUGCUGUGUGACCUUGGGGGAAGGCAGCGCCCUCUCUGGGCAAUCAGAUUCAUCCAGUGCUUAAGACUAGAAGGGGAGAAGGUGCUUAAAGACUUUGCCCCUGAGGGCAAGGGAGGGUGGGGCUGUUCGCUUUUUAUAUAUUUAUAUAACGUAUAACGUGGUAGUGAGAUAUAAUAAAGUCUUUUUUUUUUUUUUUUUUGAGCUCGUGGGAGCGUUAGCGUAGAUGAACAAGACAGAAGCAGAGA